AUGCCGAAGAUCUUCCUGAUCAAGAACCGGCUCCAUCAGCAGCAGCUGCGGCUGGUGGAGGAGGCCCAGAAAAACAGCCACGUCGGACCGGGCAGUGGCGGUGGUAGCAGCGUGGUAGACGACGGUGUGGGCAGCGGUAGUGAGGUGGGCAGCAACGAACCACUGUCGCUGGUGUCCCGAAAGCGCGAGCAUGACGAUUCGGCCGAGCGCGACAUAUUCAGCGAAGAAAAUCGCCUUAGUCCACCGUGUCGGAAGCGGGCGGCUUCUCCAUCGCUGUCGAUCUUUGCCACCCCAGCGAAUAAGGAGCGGGACGUCAGCCCGGCCUCCAUAACCACCACUACCACGUCGGACGGUAGCAGCAGCAAAGCGGUGGUGACAGCGACAACCACUGCCUACAGUAACAGCGGCGGCAGCAGUCUAGCAGCAUACCACCGAAACACAGCACUCUGCCUACGGCACAAUGGUGCCUCUGCCAAAGAAUCGUCCACCUCACCGCUGGUACCGCAUCAUCAUCAGCAGCAGCAACAGCGAUUGUUUCCCGGUGGAGGGGUGCGUCGUUCACAGCUCCACCACCCACCGGCACACCAAGCAGUGAAAGGUACCGCCGAGGUGAAGGAGCUGGAGGAGGGUGAGGUGGACGAGGAGGAUGGUGGUGAGAGUGGUAGCGAAGAGACGGUGGAUGCGGCGGUAACACCGCGCCCAGUACCGUUGGUGAGUCGCAAACCCACCGAACCGACCCCACCACCAUCGACACCACCAGCACCGCCAACAGCAACACCUCCACCGCCACCACCACCAGCACAAGGAACCGGCGUGGCCGGUGUUGUGGCCCAGCAGCGCAAAGAGCAGAAGGAGCCGGUCCCGACAGUGGCGGCCAUCGCCAAGUACGAUAAGCGACGUUCGGCAAUCGUGAGCUCGUGUCUGCGAGUUACCGAGGGACCCGCGCCGUACAUUGGACCGCGAGGGCACGUGUUGACGAACGCGGAACGAAAGGUUUACCCACCAACACCACCUCCACUGCCUCCGGUGCCCAUGGAAAAACCGAUCCGACAGCAGGAGCGCCGGGCAUCGACGGAGGAGGACGACGAGGAGGAGGAAAACGACGACGAUGAGGAUAACAACCACCCGGCCCGUAUCAAGGACACGCGCAAGGAGUCGGCUGUAGUGGUGGCGGGCGGAGCCGGCAGCGGCAAGCUAAUCGUACGCGAGGAACCAAACAUUCCGGGCAGUGAGCAGCACCAGCGUCGGCUGCGACUACCCUCACCGACACCACCACCAGCAAAGGAGCGCGUACCGUCACCGGUCGUCCCGUUCGGUGCCGUGGUUCGCUGCUCGGUCAUUCAACGCACGCCAGCAGUGCGAAAGACGCAACCAGCGGACGAGGUGGUACCGGUACCACCGGCGGCUCCUCACCCCCAACAGCAGCGUCUGGACGAUAGUCCGCGGGCGGUGGAUCUGAAGGUGCGCCCGAUGGUGGUGCUUACCGUCGAGCCCGAGCAGGACCAACCGAUCGAUUAUCACAUCCCUAAGCGACAGGAGCGGGAGGAACAGGAGGAACGACUGGUCGGACGCCGUGAACGGCAGGCCGCCAUCUUGAACAACCAUCUACCACCGUACCAUCAUCGAGGGGGUGCGUCGGCGGCCCGGGCAGCGGCAGCCGCCGCUGUCAUUAGCGGCAUCAUGCAGGGUGCCGCUGGCCACGGUCGCUCUUCGAACGGUGGUGGAGGCGGUGGUGGUGGUGGACAAUCCGGCGGUGGUUCGAACGGUGGUGGUGCCGGCUCCGGCAACGGAGGCGGUGGCGGUAUCAACUUUUCGUCCGGUGGAGGCGGCGGCGGAGGUGGUGCGCUCGGGGCGGGUGGCGCCGGUGGUGGUAUGGGUGGGCGCGAUGGCCGAUCCAACUACGGUCCGAACAGUCCACCGACCGGGUCGCUGCCACCGUUCUACGAAAGCUUGAAGGGAGGCGGUGCGAGUGGAGGACUGAACGGGUACAACGCGAACGGCGGCUUCCUGACGAACAGUGCUGCCAGCUACCAGCAGCUGCUCAGCUCGCUCGAAUGCGAUGGUCAGGAUUUGGGCGGUGCCGGUGGUGGCGGCGGACUGGGAGGCGGUGUCAUACUCGGACUCGGCACGGGCUUCACAUACGGCAGCGCGACGGAUGGCAGCGGAGGAGGAGGGGGAGGAGGCGGUGGAGGUGCGGGAGGAAACGGGCAGCAGGGUAAUGGGACGUUGGCGGCGGCAGCCGCAGCAGCUGCAGCGACCGUCAUGGGCAAACACUGCACGCUGAUGCUGCACAAUCACUUCGGCCUAGCGCUGAAGGAUGAGGUUGAUCUCGGGUACGACUCGAAGGUGGAUCCCACCCUGCACGGCCUGUACGCAUCCGCCACGGGUGACAGUGUGGGAGGCAAUGGGGCUGGUGGUGGGGCGGGCGGUGGCGCCGGUUCUGCCGGCGGUUAUGAUGUCGCCGACUCGAUGAUGGAUAUGGGCGACUCGAUGCAGCUGACGGCGACACUGACCACCUACCCCUCUUCGGCCGGUGCCAGCCCGAACGGACUGCUGGACGGCUGUUUGAGCGAUGCGGAAUUUUCCCUCUACUCGCGCGGCAUGCACGACGAACAGUCGAGCAACUGUAACGAUCUCGAACUCACCUCGACACCGUCGCUGACGCCCGAUUCGGUGAGUGCCUCGCUGCAUCAGAUCGAUACCGUGCACGAUCCGCUCGGGGAUGCGUACCCGUCGUCUGGUACGGGAGCCGAUCAGCAGCAGGGUGGAGCGGGCGGUGGUGGCGGUGCUGGUGGUAACUCACACGCGAGCCAUCUCGUGCUGCCCCGCGAAUACACCAACAUGGCGGCGGCUACGUUCGGCGCCCAACACGGACUCGGCGGAGGUCAUCAGCACACGACGCUGCAUUCGCUCGCGAGCAAGUACCACGGUGCGGCACAGGACGGCAAUCAGCCGCCGAGCUACCUGCAGACGGCGGCCAACGGUGCCGGUACGUACGGUUCGUUCCAGCCGCUGCUACGCUACGAUCAGCUCGACAGCAAUCUCUCGCUACCGUCGCCCGGCGGUGGCUCAUCGCUGGACUUCGAUCUGCACCAGAGCCUGCAACCGCUGCAGGGCCCGUUCGCGAUGAAUCUGCAGCUGGCCGGCGGCCAGAACACUCAUCUGCAGCAACAGCAGCCACCCUCGUCACACCAACGGUCGACCGGUGGGGUACGAUCGCCCGGCGGCAACUCCACCUCAUCGGUGUCCUCGACCGCAUCGUCCGCAGCAGCAGUCGCUGCGGUGGCCAGCCUCAGCGCGCACAACGUACCGGUUGCGGGUCCACCGCCGGCGGUGCUCGCCACCACGAUACAAAAUCAGUUGGGACUUCCGGCCGACUCGGAGCUGCAGUUUGUCAACGGCGGGCACGGCAUCAAGAACCCACUCGCGAUAGAGAACGUACCACUCCGGAUGCGAUCCGACGAUAGGCAUGGUGGUGGCAAGCAACUGUCUGGUUCGGCCGGCACGAAACAGCGCACACACCACCACCAUCAGCAGCAGCAACAGCAGCAGCAGCACCACCAUCAACAGCAGCAGCAACACCAGCAACAGAUGCAGCAACAGCAUCUUCAGCACCACCUCGACAACGGUUCGAACACGUCCCCAUCGUCCGUGUCAUCGUCAUCCUCGUCGUCCGCGUCCUCGCCGAACAGCUGCGGUUCGCCCGGUUCGGUUGCGACGAACGGUGGCAACAGCAAUGGCACGAACGGCGGUAGCACCAACACCGACGACGACCAGAACCGCUUCGUGUGUCGCAUCUGCUCGAAAACGUUCAGCCUGCAGCGGCUGCUGAACCGUCACAUGAAAUGCCACUCGGACGUCAAACGCUACCUGUGUACGUUCUGCGCGAAGGGAUUUAACGAUACGUUCGAUCUGAAGCGCCACACGCGCACCCACACCGGCGUCCGACCGUACAAGUGCAAUCUGUGCGAAAAGUCCUUCACGCAGCGCUGUUCGCUCGAGUCACACUGCCUGAAGGUGCACGGCGUACAGCAUCAGUACGCAUACAAGGAGCGUCGAACGAAGAUGUACGUGUGUGAGGAAUGUGGCCACACGACGAACGAACCGGAAGUACACUAUAUGCAUCUGAAGGAAAAGCAUCCGUACUCGCCGGCACUGCUCAAAUUCUACGACAAGCGGCACUUCAAGUUUAACAAUGCGGCGUUUGCGAACAAUCUGCUCGGUUCGCUACCGAUGCCGGUGCACAACUGA